AUGUUGCUACGAUUUCUGUCGCUGGCUGGUCUCUGCCUGGGGCGUGGUGUCGCUGCCCUCACCCCUCAGCACCACGGCCUCCCCUCUGAUAUACCAACAUCAGACAUCCAACAUGCUCGCCAUUUCUACAAAAUCGACAUUCCCUGCUCUCACUGUGCGUUCUCAGACGCCGAAUGCUCUCAGAGCCCCGAGUCGAAAUCCCACGUGACGAUUAACUUCUCCGCCGACAAUGGCACCCUAUACGCCAAUCACGAAUCCGUCUUCCCACCUUCGUUACCCUUGCAAUUCACCGCAGUCAAGCACUCGGCGUCUGGCGACCAAUCCGUCCGGGUGGCAUACAGCCUCGACGCACGACCGCUCGCCGCCCAGCCCGGCGCCCUCCUAGGCGAGAAGUUCCUCCUGAAACUGCGCUUGUUUGACCUCCACGGCCGGCCCGUCACCCCGGACCUAAUCGCUGUGGCCGUGUCCCGGCGCGCAGACGGCUUCCUCAGCAUCAACAAGGUCGAGCGGUCCCCGUUCCACCGACACGGCCACAUGAUGUCGCCCUUGCGGCUACUCGAAUCGCACCUCCGGCCUUACAUCGAUCACUUGGCUGGGGUGGCAUCCCCUGGAGGACCGCGCCAUCAUCGUCGGCCAUUACAUGCAGACAUCUACCGAUUCAGGGACCCUGCGUCCCAUUACCACAAUACCAUGCCGUGGAGCAGCCGCGAUCGCAGCUUCAUGAGGCUGGUGCGCCCGGUGAUCCUGCCUGCGUUGCUGGGGGUUGCAGCGGGGCUGUGUGCGUGUCUGGUUGGGUUUAUGGUCGGAAAGGUGAUGAUCUCGCUGUGUCGCUGUUGGUAUGUCCGCAGUCGAAGCGGGUAUCGCGAGGUUCCGGCUAUCACCGUUGACUCGGUGGAGGUGGAGGAGCAUGUCCUCUCGGAAAAGGAGAGCUUGAGUCGAUCGUCCCGGUGGCUGGAUGUAUGA